AUGGCAAAGUUGAGGAUCCGACUUGUCCUUUCGAUAAUCAUAGCGUCAAUGCAUGGCCACAUGGGCGUUGCAUCGAUCGACAUCGGCGUUUGCUACGGCAUGAACGGUGACAAUCUUCCUCCUCCUUCCGCCGUGGUGGCUCUCUACAAAAAGUAUGGCAUCAACUCAAUGAGGCUCUUCGACCCAAACCCUCAGGCGCUCGAAGCACUACGAGGCAGCCUCAUCGAAGUCUCUCUAGGCGUACGCAACGCAGACAUACCAACCAUAGCUUCAACCCAAGAAGCCGCCGAUUCAUGGUUCCAAUCCAACGUCGCUCCUUACCUCAACGACGUCGAAUUCGCCUACAUUUCUGUCGGCAACGAAGCCAUCCCAGGCCAGUACGCUAGCGUCAUCCCUCCGGCGAUGCAGAAUCUACAAAACGCCCUCAAUGCUCGAAACUUAGCGGGGAUUAAGGUGACAACGGUCGUGUCGACAGCGACGUUAGCCUCCUCGUACCCGCCGUCUGGCAGCGCGUUCUUACCCGAGGCGAGCUCGACGCUCUCCGGCGUUCUCCAAUUCUUGUCGGCGCAGGGAUCGCCGCUUAUGAUCAACGUGUAUCCCUAUUUCGCCUACGCUUCCGAUCCAACGAACGUACGGCUGGAUUACGCUCAGUUUACGGCCACCGGAGCGGUGGUGGUCGACAGCAAUUUGAGCUACCAAAACUUGUUCGAUGCCGUCGUGGAUAGCUUCUACUGGGCCAUGGAGAAACUGGGCGUGAGCGACGUGGGAGUGGCGGUGUCGGAGAGUGGGUGGCCGUCAGCCGGAAAUGGGAACUUCACAACGCCGGAGCUCGCCGGAACUUACAACAGAAACUUCAUAAAGCGAAUUGGGAGCAACAUUGGGACGCCGAAGAGACCUGGGGCUCAUAUGGAUGGAUUUGUAUUCGCCAUUUUCAAUGAAAAUCUUAAGCCAGCCGGGACCGAGCAAAACUUCGGGCUGUUUGACCCGUCCAUGAACCCGGUUUAUCCAUCGCUGCCGCCUGCUAAAGGCUAG